AUGUCGACCCCGCUGCGGGGACAAGCCCCGGGCGGGAUGUUUGUGUCCAGUCGGCUUCUGCUCACCCAGUCGCCCAGUACCCGCGGCCCUCGGCACCCAUGAAGCCCCCGCUGAUGAAGCCCCGAGCUGCUAGAGUGAGGCGGAAAGUGGCCGGAGACAGAGAGCAUGUACUGGCGCGUCGGGUUCGCCUGGACGCGGUCGUGUGUGGUUGAUCUUGGCCAGAACCAGAGCUUCUCCUCCGGCCUGCUGGGCUCCGAUGAGCAGCUCUCGUUUUAUGGGUACAUUAUCGCCUACCCACUGCAGGACUACGGCGGGAUAAUGUCAGCUUUGGGCUCGGACUCGUGGUGGCGGAAAACGCUGUAUUUGACUGGAGGGGCUCUGCUCGCUGCCGCUGCUUAUUUGCUGCACGAACUGCUGGCCAUCAGAAAGGAGGAAGAGCUGGACUCUAAAGAUGCCAUCAUACUCCACCAGUUUUCCAGGCCCAAAACUGGCGCCCCGUCCCUGUCCCCUUUCUGCCUUAAGAUGGAGACCUACCUCCGCAUGGUUGACCUGCCCUACCAGAACUACUUUGAUGGGAAGCUUUCACCGCAGGGAAAGAUGCCGUGGAUUGAGUACAACCAGGAGCAGGUGUGUGGCACCGAAUUCAUCAUCGACUUCCUGGAGGAGAGACUGGGUGUGAGCCUCAACAAGACCCUGACGCCACAGGAGAAGGCCAUGUCCCGUGCCAUCACCAAAAUGGUGGAGGAACAUUUCUACUGGACCAUAGCUUACUGUCAGUGGGUGGACAACCUGGAGGAGACCCAGAAGAUGCUGUCGAUGAGCGGGCCACUGAGUGAUCUGCUCAAGUGGAUCCUGAGUCACCUGACUGGUGGGAUUGUCAAGAGGGAGAUGUACGGGCACGGGAUCGGGCGGUUUUCUAGGGAGGAGGUUUACGCCCUGAUGGAGAAGGACAUGCGCACCCUGGCCACUCUGCUAGGUGAUAAGAAGUACCUCAUGGGCUCUAAGCUUUCAACAGUAGACGCUGCAGUGUUCAGUCACCUGGCCCCUGCUAUGUGGACGCUACCAGGAACACGUCCAGAGCAGCUAAUUAAAGGUGAGCUGAUCAACCUGGCCAUGUACUGUGAGCGUAUCCGCCGGCGUUUCUGGCCCGAGUGGUUCGUGGACCUGGAGGACUUCUGCUACAACGACAUCACAGAGGGCAGCGAGUCCAAACUCCCCGAUCUGGGUCUCUACUCCCGCACGGACACUUUCCAGGACGAUACACACACACACACCCCACACACCCACACGCCACAGGACCCGCCGUCGCCGGACAGCGACCCUACAGGCCACUCGCUAUAUGACUCUGACAUGGACACAGAGUGCUCUGAAAUAGACCAGCUCAAGUGUUGACAAAGCAUACACUUACAGGACACACUACAAAUGCGCACACCACAGGAGGGUGCUGCAUCCCCACCUGCACACAUGUCCCCUACCUCUUUGAACAGAAAAUAACUGGGGAGUAUUUUUGUUGUCGCCUGUGCUGGUGGAGAAGUUGAGGAUGGCACACUGUAGUGGAGGAAUGAUUGCAGUAGAAGGAAAGGCAGUGAGGCAUAGGUCAAAAAGGAAAAAAGUCAGAGAUGGACGGAAGAAAAAAGAGGCAGCAUAUAAAAGAAAAGUGGAGGAAAAGAGAAAAGACGCAGAAAAAAGAAUGAAAAGUAGGAACUAGAAGCAUGAAAACCAGGAGUAAAUGACGCCGCUGCUGAGAAACUCCUCCACGUGGUCGACAUCAUCCGCAGUCACAACCUUCUACCUGUCAUCCUGUUGUUGUAACCUUGGCAACUAAGUGCUUGUGACCCCCCCCCCCGCUGUCCCUCGUAGCAACUUGCACCACCCAGCCUUGUGUGUUUUCAACGGAACCCCUAAACGCCUUGUAUUGAUAUGACAUUGAUACGUAGGGAAACUGUACAGGAUUUAUGUGAAUGAACACAGUUCAGUGUAAAUAUAUAAAUGGAUCUGAUUUGAUUCUCAGAUUUAAUAGAUAGAAUAUUUGAUUCUAUAAGAGUAUAAAUAGUAUAGAUAGCCUGCAAAUAUAAUAUCAUCCCCUCUGUCAUAUGGUGUAAAAAAAUGUAGGUGUUUCUUAUAUAAAAUCCCGUAUGUGUUGGACACAAUGACCAACCUGUCUUGUAAUAGUCGCCAUGAAUACCCACUCUGCUGGUCUAGGAUCAGUAUGAGGAGCCCUAUGACCGCCUGUGUGUGUCUUUCUCCACAGCUGGGAGUAAUGCCUGCUGCCCAUAUUUAAAUAGUGCAGUAAUAUUUCAUGGAAGAUAAUGGAUGGUGAACUGCAAUCUGCCAUAAGCACUUUGGAACUAUCUUUUGUCUUAUUAAGACACUUAUUUUGCCAAAAAAAAAAAUUCAUUUUGUCACACAUCAGAUGCAUAGUAUGACCUUAUACUCUGUCAGGCUCCUGAGUUGUUAGGAUUGUCAUUGAGGACAUUAGCUUUAGAUCAGAUAGACAUUUUACAUGCAUUCAAGCAUUGAGAGCGAGUCAAACAAUCAUGUAGAAAUAGAUUAAAUAGAUAUAGAGUCUGAAUGAAAGUGCAUGGCUGGCACGUGCCAAUGAAAAUGUCCCUUUACACUUCUCGUGGAUAGUGUUAUCUACAUUUGUUUGCUGGCUUAUUUAAGUUUG